AUGGCGGCCAUGGCCAUGCUUCGAAGACCUUCAAUUUCUGUGCCAUGGAGCGCACGUUUGGCAUCGACAGCGAUCUCACGUGUUGGUGUCGUGGGCUGUGGGCAGAUGGGCACUGGAAUCGCGAUAGUCGCCGCAGCGCACGCAGGAGCGGAGGUCGUUGGCAUGGACGCCUUUCCCGCCAGUCUCGAGCGGAGCAAAGCCUUCGUACAUGACUGGGCGAAGAAGGAGGUCAAAAAAGGACGAAUGUCAGAUUCCGAGGCAGAGAGCUUCCGCAAGCGCUUCAGCUUCGUCGACCUUUCGGACACCUCGAAAAUGUCAGAGGCCGUCCCCAGGAUGGACUUCCUUAUCGAGGCUGUCAGCGAAGACUUCGAGACCAAGCAGUCUUGCUUCAGCGUUUUGCAGGCAGCUGGGCUUCCAGAGCGAAGUGUGCUGGCAAGCAAUACAUCCUCCAUUUCAAUCACCAAGCUCGCGGCAAAGGUUCCCAGGCCUGAGAGGGUCAUCGGAAUGCACUUCAUGAACCCCGUCCCGGUGAUGCCAUUGGUGGAGGUGAUUCGAGGCUUAAGGACAGACGAUGAAACGCUGGACACCACGCUGCAGCUCUGCCGAGCAAUGAAGAAGGAGCACUCGACAAGCGCAGAUCGGCCAGGUUUCAUAGCCAACCGCAUUCUGAUGCCGUACAUCAACGAGGCGGUGUUUGCUCUACAAGAAAGCAUCGGAACUGCCGAGGACAUUGACAAGACCAUGAAGCUCGGCACGAACGUGCCCAUGGGUCCGCUGACCCUUGCGGAUUUCAUCGGACUGGAUACCUGCCUCAGCAUCAUGCAGGUUUUGCACAGAGACUUGGGUGAUUCCAAGUAUCGUCCAGCUCCUCUUCUGAUCAACUAUGUUGAAGCUGGAUGGCUUGGAAAGAAGACGAAACGUGGCUUCUACGAUUACAGCUGA